GCUUUCACCAAAAAUUCGAUUGAAAUAUUUCAACAGUAUUUGUGGCAUAUUAAAAAUAAUUUCCAAUUGAAGAAACAAAUGUCUCUGGGCAAAUAUGAAGAGGCUGCAAAAAUCGAUUCGUUUCGUUUAAAAACUUUUAUUUAUUGCCAUCUAUGCAUAUUUGCUUUAUUUACCAAUUUAACAAACUAGUUGAAGUGAUUUCUUUGCAAUUUUAUUUCAUAGUUUACUGCAGCGUUAAAGACCUUUGGCGAAAUAGGGAGAAAUACUUGUUUGUUGGCUCGACUUACCGCAAAUAAGACAUUUACGAGUUGGGUAACUGCCGAUGACACGAUGCCCUCGCGAAUGGCCAAAUGCAACCAGCAACAACCGCACCUUGACGCAACAACCUCCCCCCGUAAGCUAACCCACUUUGUAACUUUAAACGCCAUGGGCUGCUUACCACAAGAGGGCGACGAUGGUGGCAACGACGGCGGCGGCAUUGGCACCACAUCAAAACGCAUGACAAGACCUCAGAGUGGCUCCAUCAAUGCGACGAUGAUGGUCGAGACGGUUGUGGAAGCCUGUGGCAGAAGUUACAGACAUUGUUGGCGGCAGCAACAAUUAGAUAAAGAUCAACAGGCAGCCAGUCAAUUCGACAAUCAGACAGAAGAGAAGAGAAAGAGCAAGAGAGAGAAAGGGAUGCACGAAACCGCAAACUAAAUGGCACGCCCAUUUAAUUGCAUAAAACAUAAUGCCACAUGCGACAGAAGCAGUCGGAGUGCCAGGAGUCGCAGCAACAAUUGCUGGCGACAUUUGGCAUCAAAGGGCAGCCGAACUGCCCAUUGCCCAUUGCCCAUUUCCCAUCACAUCCCCUCGAAAGCUUGACCACUGUGAAUGCAUAAAAUUAUUUCCGCUCUGCAGUGCCAGCAAUUCUAAUUAAGGCGAAAGACAUUUGGAUUGACACGAGACAAACGAUGGGCUGUGUAAUCGGAGCACUUGCUGUCGCAGUCGCUGUCCAACAGCCGCUCCUAUUCACCAGAUAUAUAGUAUAUUUAUAUACCACAACCUCUUUCCACCUACCUUUCUUUCUCUCUCUCCGCUGUCCACUGCGACAAAGUCAGUACUUUGUUUUCAGCGUCGUCGUCGUGGCCGUUGCAAAUUGCAUAGAAUAAAUUUUCAUUAAAUGCGCAGCCAAGUCGCAGUCGCAGUCUAAAGUCAAUGUAAAGUGGCAGGACACACAAACAGAACAGAAACUGGCCGCACCCGCUGGGUCAAUGGCCCUGCACUUGCCACUUGCCCAUCGACUUGUCCAUUUUCAUAAUUUUUAAUUAUUUUUAAUUUAAUUGUCGCGCCUCGCGUGCUCUUCGCAAACCUUCAACAAGCAACUCUGACUCACAAGUCAGAGGCGGAGGCGGACACAGAGACGGGGACGAAGACGGAGACGGAGACGAAGUCUCGCUCAACUCUUGACAGCGGAUCACUUCCCGGCGGGGAGUGCAGCAAUCAACGACGCGGCGUCUGCAAUGAAUGCGAUGAAUGUGUUCGGCGUGUUUAAUAAGUGAGCAAGAAAUCAAAACCACAAAGUCGACGAACGUCAGAUGCACUUCCUUAAGACAAA